AUGUGCUGGGAGCCAGAGAGUGCCGGCCCUACUGAUGACAGCGGCAAAUGCUCCCAAGUCACACUGACGUGUUAAGGAUCAUCAUCCUGCCAAGUAGCGGAAAAUGAACACUCAUACAGUCUCCAGCGUCAAUGCAUAACCCGCUGGCUAACAAGCUCACUCUGGGGAAGUUUCAAUAUCCAUCAGCAUCUGACGCCCAUCCUGUCAGCCAUUAUUCAACAUCGCGUUCUUGGCAGUGAAAUGGACAUCUGAAAUACAUAUACGGCUGUGUCAACCGAGCCAGAUAUUAUAUUAAUUGUGGCAGGGAUGUUCAGGUGCCACUUGGUAGUGAAGAGCCGGAGUUGAGUGUUGGGGAGGUGUGGCAGCCUGCAUUGUGGUGCGCAGCGUCCACUGGGCUUGACUUCAACUAACUGGUCUUGAGUUCGACUCUCACCACGACAAGAUAACGGCAGCCUAACAUCAUAAUACACUAUGUGUGACGACGACGCUACAGCGCUGGUUUGCGACAAUGGUUCUGGUCUCUGCAAGGCCGGCUUCGCUGGUGACGACGCUCCCCGAGCCGUCUUUCCUUCCAUCGUCGGCCGUCCUCGUCACCAGGGUGUGAUGGUCGGUAUGGGUCAGAAGGACGCCUACGUCGGUGAUGAGGCCCAGAGCAAGAGAGGUAUCCUGACUCUCAAGUACCCCAUCGAACACGGUAUCAUCACCAACUGGGACGACAUGGAGAAGAUCUGGCAUCACUCUUUCUACAACGAGCUGCGUGUUGCCCCUGAGGAGUGCCCUGUCCUCCUCACUGAGGCUCCUCUCAACCCCAAGGCCAACCGUGAGAAGAUGACACAGAUCAUGUUUGAGACCUUCAGUACUCCUGCAAUGUACGUGGCCAUCCAGGCCGUGUUGUCCCUGUACGCCUCUGGUCGUACCACAGGUAUCGUGUUGGAUUCUGGUGAUGGUGUUACUCACACUGUUCCCAUCUACGAAGGUUAUGCUCUUCCACACGCUAUUAUGCGCCUGGACCUUGCUGGUCGUGACCUGACCAACUACCUCAUGAAGAUCAUGACUGAGCGUGGCUACUCCUUCACCACCACAGCUGAGCGUGAGAUUGUCCGUGACAUCAAGGAGAAGCUUUGCUAUGUUGCCCUUGAUUUCGAGAAUGAAAUGGCUCAGGCAGCUGCCACAGCAUCAUUAGAGAAGUCCUACGAGCUUCCCGAUGGGCAGGUAAUUACUAUUGGUAAUGAGCGUUUCCGUGCCCCUGAGGCUCUCUUCCAGCCUUCUUUCCUGGGCAUGGAAUCUGUUGGUGUUCACGAGACCGUCCACAGCUCCAUCAUGAGGUGCGACAUUGAUAUCAGAAAGGAUCUAUACGCCAACAAUGUCAUGUCUGGUGGUACCACCAUGUACCCUGGUAUUGCUGACCGCAUGCAGAAAGAAAUCACAUCAUUAGCUCCUUCCACCAUCAAGAUCAAGAUCAUUGCUCCUCCCGAGCGUAAGUACUCCGUCUGGAUCGGUGGUUCCAUCCUGGCCUCACUGUCCACCUUCCAGUCCAUGUGGAUCACUAAGGAGGAGUAUGAGGAGUCCGGCCCCGGCAUCGUCCACCGCAAGUGCUUCUAAAUCACGUUUAAAUUUUAUUAACAAACUAAAGCAAAUACAGCUUUAUUAUAAAUCACAUCAAAGAAGAAGGCGCGUUUGCAGCAAGUACAUUUACUGGGACAACUUUUCGAUUUGUUAGGAACUGUAUUAAACUCGCACAGAGGACAAAUUACACUCAUACAUAAAUAGUGGUAAAAAGAAGGUGAGAAUCAUUUUCAUUACUGUCUGUUACUUGAAUCCAAUCUAUCAGAUAAUGCAGCAACAUCUAGCUUUUAUUCAGAGUAAGUACCACGCUGCUCCUAGAAGUCUGCUGUCUUCGAAGCAGACGUUAUUUUCACAAAAAAUCAUCGAAGAAAUGGUAUGCACUUCUGUUCAUCCCACACAAUUUAUCUUUCUUCCCUUUCCUCCAACACCACUCCAGUGUUACCUUGAAGAGUGUGUCACCACACUGUCCAAACUAUGUCACGGAAGCCUUUCAAUAAAGCUAGGCAAAUGAGACUUAGCCUCCGCUGUAAAGUCGAUGAACGCACGGAGGAACACAAGAAAUGUCAGCCUUCAGAGUCAACGAAUACCAGAAAAGGAAUCUGGAGCAGAAACUCCACUGGAUCUACUCUCACAGCACCUGAAAGAAGACUGUACAGAUUCAGCAACUUCUCCAGCUUGGGUAUACUCACAUGAGUGACUGUGUGGUACCUGUUGCUCUCUUGGAGCCUUCCAUAUCUAAAUUACCUAUACGCCAUGAUACAGAGACAUUCUUGGCAAUACAAUUGUACAGGAAGAGGACAAAACAUUUCGUCCAAGAACCAGACGGCAUUUCAACAUAGCAGUUCAGAGUACCUCCUAGAGUACUCCACAGUGUACAUCCCGCAGUACUCCACAAUGUACCUCUGACAGAACUCACAACAGACCAACACUUCACUCUCCAACGACUUCACUCACCUCUCCUCUUCCUCUCCUACCAGUGUAUGUAUACCUGCAAUUUAUAUCCCCUACCUGACUUAAUAAAGUUCUUAACAGAUCUAAACCUUGUCCCAAUAAAAACUCUUCUUGCAAACUUAUUUUUAACUAUUUACAGCAGUAAGUUAUUUGGAUCCAUACCAUUAGUGAUGAUCAUCUGUCAGUAUUGUGCUGGAAAAUACGGACUACUGUUAUAAGCAUAUUCAUGGUGUUCCUUAAGUCUGUGCUCGAAAUAAUUUGCACAACACUCCCAUCAUCAGUAAUUAUUCGUUUCUGGGCGAUUAUUUAGUUGGGUAAUGGAGCUUAAAAACAACACUGGGGCUUUUAAGGCUACGUAACACUUGUUCAACACCAGUCAAAAAUGCUUUAAUUUCUAUAAUAAGGGACUAAAGUAAACUCUCAGUAUAUAUACGCUAAGAGACAUACGCAUCACAGUGCGUAUAUCCUAUGAGAAAAUUUUCAUCAUGUAACACAGUGCCAGACACGACUAGGGAAGUACAAGUGGCAGCACUGACUAGGUACAGCAGUAGGGCUGAGAAAGACGUACUAAGUGAUAGUAACGAAGGAAGACAGGCCACAGGCAUCAGUGCUGAGGAAGACAGACCACAGGUAUCAGUGCUGAGGAAGACAGACCACAGGUAUUAGUGCUGAGGAAGACAGACCACAGGUAUCAGUGCUGAGGAAGAC